UAGAGCGAGUACUAGUCCACGACACUAGCAGCGCCCCAAAAGAUACCAUAUCUGAAAUUCCAUAUCGAAUCCCGAAUCAAAUGAGCAAGAUGCACUCUUUCAACCUUUGCCUGAUGAUCGCCACCGCAACCUCUUUGGUGUGCGGAUCGCCUCUCCUGGAAUACGGAGCCCCGCCAGCGGGCGACAGCGUGAGCCAGUACCACACGCAGGACGAGCACGGCCAGUAUGCCUAUGGGUAUAUGGCGCCGCUGUACUCCAAGCACGAGACCCGCACUGCGGACGGAGUCACGCGCGGCACCUUCUCUUACGUGGAUGCCAGGGGCGUGACCCAGACCGUGGACUAUGUGGCAGAUACAGAGGGCUUCCGCGUCAGCUCCAGCCUCAGCCAGCAGCAGGCCAACGAGGAGACCCCCGAGGUGGCUGCUCUGAGGGCCCAGCACCUGGCUGCCCAUGCGCAGGCCAAGCUGCGUCUUGCUGGGGGGGAUUCAUACGCCGGCUCUGUGGAGCUGCCUCAGCCCGUACAGGAUACACCCGAGGUGGCCGCCGCCAAGGUGGCCUUCUUCAAGCGAUUCGAGGCCGAGAAGCUGCGCAAUCAACUGCUCAGCGAGAAGCAGAUCAAUCGAGUGAUCGCCCCAUCUAUCCCUGUUAGAUCCCAGCCGCUGUACGUCUAUCAGCCACUCACUGGAUAUGUCUACAACUACCACCAGUCCAAGUCCAAGGCUCAGGCUAAGACUCAGACUCCCUCGAGGGACUACCUUCCAGUGGUCUGAUGUUCUGGCCGAUCUUUGAGAUCUUCUGUUAAUUGUUGAGCAAUAAAUGAUGCAAAUCCGAAAA